AUGGGGGAGGGCAACCACACUCCUAUUGCGUACAGGGCACGGCCACCCAAGUGGGAUGCUGGGGCUUGUGGGAAGACCAUCAUGUCAGGUGGCGAGGAGUCUCCGCGACUGGCGCUUGAGGUCAGACGUCCAAACAAGGACAACAUCAGGGCCGGAUGCAAGAAAUGUGGAUAUCCGGGCCACUUGACGUUCGAAAGCAGAAAUUUUGUCAGAGUCGACCCUCAGAAAGACAUUGUUCUGGAUGUGAGCAGCACCAGCACCGAGGAGAGUGAGGAGGACGACCCUCCACCUCUGCGCAAUGAGAAGCUGGCGAAAAGUAGCCAGCAUCGCAGACGUCCCAAUGAUGACGACAGACAAAAGCGGAAGAAGAGCAAAAGCAGAAAGUCCAGAAAAAGGUCUGUUUCAUCGAGUGACAAGGAGACCACCAAGAAGAAGAAGAAACGUGACCAGUCCGACUCCUGGUCUGAUAAAGAGGAGAAGAGGAUGAAAAAGAAAAUGAAAACCCACAAGAAGAAUUUUCUAAAAAUAUCUCAGCUUAACAAACUUAAACAAGUUACAGUCCCCCAGAUUGGUCACUGGGAGAUUUAA